AUGGCUUUCCGGCGUCCUUUGAUGCUGUCCAAGACAGCAUCAGCGCCUUUUUCCUCUGUUGCUGGCAGAACUGCCCGAGUGGCUGCGACUCUGCCCCGAUUCACCACAGCUAGAGCCUCUUCCAGCUCGACCUCCGCCCUCGCCUACAAGGCGCUCCAUCGUCGCUCUCCCCUUCCUCUUCCUGUGUCGGACUCCUCUCCACAAUGGGAUGCCCCGACUGCCGUCUCGUCGAUUCUGUACGAGACCCCCGUUGCGCCGACCAACCCCCCGAAGCGCCAUAUCCUGAACUGUCUGGUGCAGAACGAGCCUGGUGUUCUGUCUCGCGUUUCGGGAAUUCUGGCCGCUCGUGGCUUCAACAUUGACAGUCUGGUCGUGUGUAACACCGAAGUCGAAGAUCUGUCCCGCAUGACCAUCGUGCUGCAGGGUCAGGAUGGUGUCGUCGAGCAGGCCCGUCGCCAGCUGGACGAUCUCGUUCCCGUUUGGGCCGUCCUCGACUACACAGACUCUGCUCUCGUGCAGCGCGAGUUGCUUCUUGCGAAGGUCAGCAUCCUGGGCCCCGAGUUCUUCGAGGAACUGCUUCAGCACCACCGCGAGAUUACCACUUCCGGCGAGACCCUCGAGGGCCAGAAGGAUAAGGCCGAGGGCCACAAGCAGAUCACUGAAUUCCACCCCCGCAAUCUGCCUCCCAGUCAGGCAUUGAGACACAAGCACGAGCAUCUUGAUGCCAUCACCCGCUUGACCCACCAGUUCGGCGGCAAGGUUCUCGAUAUUAGCAACAACAACUGCAUUGUCGAAGUCUCUGCCAAGCCAUCUCGUAUCGACUCCUUCAUGAAGCUCAUCGCUCCUUUCGGUGUAUUGGAGUCUACCCGUACCGGUUUGAUGGCUCUGCCUCGUUCUCCUCUUCACGAGCAAGUUGAGGAGAUUGAGAAGGAGGCUGCUGAUGUUGUCGACGCAAGCACCCUUCCUCCUGGUUAAAUUGGAUAUCCGAAAUGAAAAAGAUUCGCAAUGAAGAAGCAAACUUGUUUUCCUCCGAGGGUAUAAUAUUUAGUGUAAAUUUUAGCAGUUCUUUUUUGUUUUUCCUUGUUAGUCACGCACUUCUCAUGAGUACAUCAUCUAUGUUUCCAUGUCGUCGACGUGAAAUUUGGUUCAGUUUAGCUUCA